GUGGCUCAGUUUGUUACACGAUUAAGACACGUGGUCGAGGAGUGUGACUACAGCGACCAAGCCGGUAACCAGAUUCGUGAUCAAGUCGUGCAGCAAUGUAAAUCACAUGAACUAAGGAAGAAACUACUGGAAAAAGGUGAGAACUCAACCUUGGAGCUGUUACUUUCGACGGCAGCAAAUCACGAGCGAGUUCAGACACAACUGGAAAACAUGGAAGGCAAAAAAAUUGUGUGAAUUUUGUCCGUGACAAGCAGGAGGACAAAGGGAAGGAGCCUGCUCAGCGAGCAUGCUACAGAUGUGAACAAGUAGGACAUUUUGGACUAGACCGGCUGAGUGCCCCGCGAAAGGAAAAACUUCCCAUAAGUGCGGUGGGGCUGACCAUUUUGGUUCGCAGUGUAAAACGAACACAGCCAAACCUCCCAAACCUAGACGGGAAGAGAAGACAAAAAGAAGGAAAACGAAGACGUCAGUCAGGCUUGUGA